UCGUAAAAUACCGAAUAAGAAUCGAUGUUGUUGUUUGGCCAUUCAAAAUGGCGGAUUCAGAGGAGUUUUCGACCUCUCUUCAAGAUGACCAAGAAGACACAGCUUCUGCUACCAAUGGCCACAUCUCCAAGGAUAUACCACAUCAUCCAUCAAACUCCUAUGAAAAUGGUGAGGAACCCUCAGUAGAUCUGGACGAUAGUUCUGCUGCUGCUAUCAUGUCUUCACUAAAGAUGGAUGAUUCAUCUUUAAAAAUGAGUGAUACACAUGUCAAGGACUUGUUCAUCAGGGUUGAUGACCCAGAAAAACAUGUUGGUGGCUAUGUCAGUUACAAUGUUAUAACAAAGACAACCAGAAAUCAGUUUGACCACCCAGAAUACAGUGUAAGACGAAGGUACCAAGACUUCUUAUGGCUAAGACAACGAAUGCAAGAGAGCUACCCUACACAUAUCAUUCCUCCUCUACCAGAGAAGCAUUCAUUUACCAAGCAUUUUGACCGCUUUUCACCGGAAUUCCUCAAAGCAAGAGAGUUGGCUCUUAACAAGUUCAUGACAAGAAUAGCAGACCACCCUGUGAUGUCCUUUAAUGAUCAUCUCCAUGUCUUCCUCACCGCAAAGUCCUGGGAAUUGACUUCUGUCAAGAAACAAGGUCCAGGCCUCAUGAGCAGAAUGAGUGACUCCAUGAGAAACAUGGCCUCUUCCUGGAUGCUCAAGUCACGGGACCCUGAAUUCCAGGAAAUGACAGAGUACACCAAGACAUUCAGAGAAAAAAUGAUUGCCAUGGAAACAAUAUCUGAUAAGAUUGCAAAGGACAGGUUUGACCUCCUGGAACACUAUUUAGAGUUCAUUCCAAUCUUCAGACUGUGGGCAAACUCAGAAACCAAACUUGCAUCUCCUCUUAAUGCCAUGGCUGAUGCUCUAGAGACGAAUGUUGCUGCCUUAAAGAAACUGCUCAAGGCACAAGACCCUAUGUUCAUGGAGCCUUUGCGGGAGUAUGUUCUCUACACAGAUUCCAUUAGGAAUGCGAUGAAGAGCAGAGACACUGUGCAGAUGGAGUAUGAAGUUACACUAGAAGAGCUUGCCAGAAAACGCACAGAGAAGGAAGAGCUGGACAAGCCAGGAGGCGGAGGGGGAGGGCGAUUUGGAUUUUUUAGUAAAGACAACGAGCAGACCCGUCAAGACAAGAAAGAAAAGCUUGAAACGAGUAUAGUGGAGCUAGGAAAACUAGCAGAAACUGGGAAUGAUAAAAUGGAAUGUGCAAAUGUUGACUUAAAGGCCGACUUGGAGCGCUGGCACAAACAUAAACGGGAAGAUUUCCGCGAUCUGUUCAUGGACUAUGCAGACAGACACACAGCAUAUUACCAAGAGUGCUUGACCGCUUGGCAAAGCGUUCUCGAGCAGAUAGCGGGAAGUAAAGAUCUCGAGGAACAAGAAGAAAUUCAAGAAUAAUGGUAUCAGAUACUCAUCAAAGUUUUAAAAUAAGAAACUAUUGAACGCUAGGGGCAAACACACCUCACUUAUCUACAAAGAUUUAAUGAGUUUUAGUUCUUCAUUUCUAGUAUUAUUCGUUACUUUGCAGAUAUCGUACAUAACGAUUGCUAGUUUAAUGCAUGUAAAUGCGUUAUGAUUAGUAUAUAGUGGUAUGUGACCUACUAUUUUUUGCAAGCUUCAUUUACCAUACAUUCAAUUUCAUGAGCUAGAGAACGCUGAAAACGCUCUGACACAACACGAGACCUUAAACCAAAA